GGAUGCCUUCUGCGGGUAGAGAUGCAGCUGAUAACAGGGAAACCAUCUCCACGGCAACCUCAGAGCUCCAGGCUCUGCCUCAGAGCUGCUCUCCCAUCCCCAGGACCUGGCUGGGCAGGAUGAGGCCGCUGGGUGCUCUGUUCCUGGCUGCUCUCCUGACUGGUGCCGCAGCCUCUUGGCCUGAUGAACCUUCCAGGACCUGCUUCUUCCAGAUGCUCAGCGAUGGGGACAGCUUGUUCUGCAGAGGGGAUUUGGAAGUCAUUUACCCGGAGCUGGGUGACGUGGGCUGCUCGUACAUCCCCAAGUGCCACCAGUACCGGGAGCGCAUCAGCAGGGAAUGGGGCAGCCCCCGUGUCCGGUACCCGCAGGCUGACAAGAGCAAGAAGUACGUCCUGAUGCUGGUGGACCCCGACGUUCCCAGCAGAGCCAACCCCAGGAGCCGCUUCUGGAGGCACUGGUUGGUCACCGACAUCCCGGGUGCGAAUCUGAGGACUGGGGACGUCAAAGGGCACGUGCUGACGGAUUACGUCCGUCCCACGCCGCCGGCCCGCAGCGGGUACCACCGCUACCAGCUCCUCCUGCACGAGCAGCCAGCGCACGAGGCCAUCACCCUGAGCCCCGAGGAGCGCCGCUCACUGGGUUCCUGGGCGAUGGAGAGCUUCGUGAAGCAGUUCCGGCUGGGCUCCCCGGUGGCCUCCACACAGUUCCUCACCAAACACCACCAGGAUUAGCUCUGCCCAUUGUGCCCUUCCCCUGUGCAGCUGCAUCCCCUUCCCUGCAUCCCAGAGCCACAUCUGGGACCCACCGAGGAUGCGCCCGCCCUUCUCCCAGCCCAGGUUGAGAGCAGAAACCCAGCCCCUCCGCUUCCCAAACCCAGCAGAGCCCCUCAUCCCAUCCGAAGGUACCAUCCCGUCGGUGCCCUGGCUCCCUGGGUGUCCCGGGAAGGCUGCAUCCUCUUCUCCUCCCUUGCCUCAUUUCUGGCCUGCCCCCAGCAUGUCCCUCCUGCACCUUGGGCAUCUUACACCUUAACGCCUGCAGCUUCCAGAAUAAACCAUGAGUGGAUGGAGUGCA